CGUCGCCCGGCGCCAGGACAGCGCGGCGAGCGCAGCCGACCAGCGCGGACCCAGUGCGACCUGCGCUGCGGGCGUGUGGGAGGGAGCCCUGUGACCGGCCGUCGCGUGGAGCGUCGCUGGUGCUCAGCCGCCGGGCAGGUCAUGGACGGUCGCGUCUGACCGCAGUUAGCGCGAUGGUGGCCAAAAUGGCGGCGCAGCCGCCGCCCGACCCCUCGGAAAACCUCAUCAACAAAUUAACUCCUGAGGAGCAGCAGCUGCUGCUGGACAUCAGGAGGCGCAAGGCCGAGCUCCUCCAGGAGAUUCAGCAACUCAAAGAUGAGAUCAGCGACGUGGCCAUGGACAUGGAGGCGGUGGAGACCGGGGAGGACGGCAAAAACGACCAGAAGAAGAAACAGCUGUCAAUCGGUCGCAAAAAGUUCAACAUGGACCCGAAGAAGGGCAUCGAGUACCUCAAGGAGCAUGAGCUGCUGCAGGACACGGCUGAAGACAUCGCCGAGUUCCUGCACAAGGGCGAGGGCCUGAACAAGCGCGCGAUCGGCGACUACCUGGGCGAGCGGCCCGACUUCAACCAGGCUGUGCUGGCGGCGUUCGUCAACCUGCACGACUUCUCGGACCUGAUCCUGGUGCAGGCGCUGCGCCAGUUCCUCUGGAGCUUCCGGCUGCCCGGCGAGAGCCAGAAGAUCGACCGCAUGAUGGAGUGCUUCGCGCAGCGCUACUGCCAGCUCAACCCGGACAUCUUCACACACGCCGACACGUGCUACACCCUGAGUUUCGCCAUCAUCAUGCUCAACACGUCGCUGCACAACCCCAGCGUCAAGGACAAGCCGUCCGUCGACCAGUUCAUCAGCAUGGUGCGCGGCAUCGACAAGGGAGGCAACCUGCCACGGGAGCUGCUGGUCAGCCUGUACGACAGCAUCAAGUCGGAGCCGUUCAUGAUCCCCGAGGACGACGGCAACGACCUGAUGCACACCUUCUUCAACCCCGACAAGGAGGGCUGGCUCUGGAAACAGGGCGGUCGCUACAAGUCGUGGAAGCGGCGGUGGUUCAUCUUGAACGAGAACUGUCUCUACUACUUCGAGUACACCACGGACAAGGAGCCCCGCGGUAUCAUCCCGCUGGAGAACAUACAGGUGCGUGUGGUGGAGGACCGCAGCAAGAGCAGCUGCUUCGAGCUGUACGCCUCGGGCACCGACUACAUCAAGGCCUGCAAGACUGACAACGAGGGCAAGGUGGUGGAGGGCAAGCACACCGCCUACCGCAUGUCCGCCGCCACCCCCGAGGAGAUGCACGAGUGGAUCAAGGCCAUACAGCAGAGCAUCAGUCUCAACCCGUUCUACGAUAUGCUGGCGGCGCGGAAGCGCAAGGCCCAGAAGGCGCCGCCGCGGUAACCCGUCCGCGACAGUGGCGCCGCGCUCGGCGACGGCGCGAACUAGCGGGCGAUCGGAACCGCCGGUGGCGCCGCGCGCGCCGGCGACGCGAACUAUGACGCGCGGUGUUGGCAGGUGGUGCGACCCUGCGGCGCGGGGCGGGGUGAUGAGCGGGUGUGCGCCGUCACGAUAGAGGGCGCUGCGGUCUCGGCAUGGCGCGCCGUGGCGCUGUUGUGUUGCCAUUGGACGGUGCUGCCGGCCGCGUGUGCCCGGGCGACACGUGCACGGCACGUGAGGCCGCGUUCGGAGCGAGGGCGCUCCGGCCGCGUUUUACGGCCGACUUCAUUCCGACGCGACGGACGGGGUGACACAGUACAAACGGGGCGGGGCGGCGCACGCUGGACGGAGGUGCGCCGGUCAGCAUAGCCCGUGGAACGAUUGAUUGUCCGGCGUGUGGUUUUGCGACUGUGUGUGCGUAUGUGUGUGGAUGUUAUAAAGUGCGAUUGUGUGCGUUUGGAUGUUUUGUGUGUGAGUGUGCGUGUGGGUGUGUCCAUACACAAUAAACAUGCCAGCAGAGCA